AUGAUGACGUCAUGCCGGAAUAUAGACUUGGGUACGAGCGUGCUUGAUCUGAUCGCAUGCGGGUGUGGUCGUCGUCAGUUUCCGUUGGGAAAUUUCCCCAAGAGCGUUUGUAAAGUAAGUAGCACGAGAAGCUAUGGCGGCGGGAAUCUGGUGUUUCUCCGGCGAGACAUGGGGAGUUGCAAAGCCGUGCCGACAAAACCCAAGGAUAAUGUCUCUUUGGUCAACGGUAUUGGUGAAACUAAAACAGUGACUUUCGAUUUGAGGCAAGAUUCAAAAGAGCCUAUUUCUUUGGCAACCCUGUUUGAGGUAGUAGCUGAUGAUCUCCAGACGUUGAAUGACAAUCUUUUAUCGAUUGUUGGUGCUGAGAAUCCGGUUUUGAUAUCUGCGGCUGAGCAAAUAUUCGGAGCUGGUGGUAAAAGAAUGAGACCCGGUUUGGUGUUCCUUGUAUCACGCGCCACUGCAGAAUUAGCUGGCCUUAAGGAACUUACAACAGAACAUCGGCGUUUGGGUGAGAUCAUCGAGAUGAUUCACACUGCAAGCUUGAUACACGACGAUGUGUUAGAUGAGAGUGAUAUGCGAAGAGGGAAGGAAACAGUUCACGAGCUAUUCGGCACGAGAGUAGCUGUGUUAGCUGGUGAUUUCAUGUUUGCUCAAGCGUCAUGGUACUUGGCGAACCUCGAGAAUCUCGAAGUGAUCAAGCUCAUAAGUCAGGUGAUCAAAGACUUUGCAAGCGGAGAGAUAAAGCAAGCGUCGAGUCUGUUCGACUGUGACGUCACCCUCGACGAUUACUUACUCAAGAGUUACUUCAAGACAGCCUCGUUAGUGGCUGCGAGCACCAAAGGAGCUGCCAUCUUCAGCAGAGUCGAGACUCAUGUGACAGAGCAAAUGUAUGAGUUUGGGAAGAAUCUCGGCCUCUCUUUUCAAGUGGUCGAUGACAUUUUGGACUUCACUCAGUCGACAGAGCAGCUAGGUAAGCCAGCAGGGAGUGAUUUGGCUAAAGGCAACUUAACCGCACCGGUGAUUUUCGCUCUGGAGAAGCAGCCGAGGCUGAGAGAGAUCAUCGAGUCUGAGUUCUGUGAGGAGGGUUCGCUGGAAGAAGCGAUUGAAGCGGUGAUAGAAGGCGGAGGUAUCAGGAGGGCACAAGAACUGGCUAGGGAGAAAGCUGACGAAGCUUUGAAGAAUCUGCAGUGCCUUCCUCCAAGUGGAUUCAGGUCAGCUCUAGAAGAAAUGGUGAUGUUCAAUCUCCAAAGAAUUGAUUAG